AAUUAGUGUUUUAGAAUUUUAACAGAAUCAAAAUUAUGGGCUCGCCGGUUUUUUUUAUAACUUUUAUCACAUUACUAUGUCUAUUUUCAUUGAUGAGUACGGCUGAAGCUAAUCAAUUUAAAAUUGUGGGAGGUUUCGAAGCCAACACCUCGGAUGCUCCAUAUAUGGCCUCAUUGCGUUAUGCACACGAAGAGGCUGAUGCACUGGGCAGUGGGCAUUUUUGUGGUGGGACUAUUAUUAAAGAUCGUGUAAUUAUUACAGCAGCUCAUUGUAUAUUUAGAAAGAACCAAACUGAUGUAUCGGUUGUAGUGGGAUCCAAGUAUCUUUUCCGCAGUUGGCCGACAACGAAGAAGCUGAAAGUCUCAUAUUGGACCUAUCAUGUAAACUAUAUAAGGGCAAGAAGUACAACCUACGAUAUUGGAGUGAUAUUCACAAUUGAAAAUAUAGAACCCGUUAAUGGGGCAAUCGCAUUUCUGCCCCUUAACACGGUGGAAUUAAGCCCUGGUACUAAAUGUCUAUUGUCUGGAUGGGGUCGASUUGAGCACAAUGAAUUCAAUACUUCAAACAGUCUGCAGGCAACGUGGCAAAGGCUUCUAGACAAAACGGCAUGUUUUAAGGUGAUUCGUAUGUAUAACAUAUUAUGCUCCGACUCAGGGUCUUCGACUGGAGCCGGUCUUGGUGAUACAGGUGGUCCGUUGCGAUGCAACGAUAAACUUGCGGGAGUUAUCUUCGCCACAAACUUCAAAGGUAGCGUCUUAUAUGUAGAUGUCCGGACAUUUGCCGAUUGGAUAGAAAAACAGAUUAAAAAUGGAAAAAAUGGAAUAAUGCCACUUGGUUCGUUUUGCAUUGAGAGAAACGUUGUUUUGGUCAUCAGCAUUUGUGUGGCCACCAUUUGCAAGCCGGGCAUUCUAGACAUUUCGUCGUACUCAAACUAAACGGAGUUAUUUCCGAUGAGUCCGUAGGUUUUAUUAUUUUACUUUAUUAAAGAUUCCUACUUUCCUCUGAUAUUGAUGAUGAUGUUGUUGUAUUUACAUCUCAGCCAUACAAUGUCCAUUGAUCUCUAAAUAUCUGUAAAAAUAUGUACUCUUUCAAAUUCAAUAACA